AUGGCCGUCUUUCAAGCAAUGCUCCCGCCGACCGCGACACGGCCCAAGUCGCAAUACUGGUCCGGUCCCAGCAAGCUCAACAUCCUCCGUGACGCCAUUGGCGUGUCGACGUGGAUCGCCCUCGGCGCCGUGCUGCAGUCGCUCCUCGUCGCCCUGGCCCCGUUUCAAUGGGCCGUCCUGCCGCCGGCCGUCUACCUCGCCACGCAGAUCAUCGACACGCUGCUGAUCUGGGGCGGCGUCCGGGCGAACCCGGCUUUGGCCGGCGUGGUCGACGGCAAGGUCUCGGCGCAGUUUCCGGGCAGCACGGCCCCGUCCCAGCAGACCGUAGCCGUCAUCCAGCUGGCCGCCCGCAGCAACCACGCCCUGGGCGCGCUGCACCCGUACUUUUUGACGAUUGGUGGCUACUUUGACCGCAUGAUUGCCGACCUCGAGGCGCGCAGUGCGGAGAAGGACGACAACGGAGACGAGGGCUUUGGCUACCUCGGUGCGCGCAGCUUCCUGGCCAACGACCGCGCCGCGUCCAACGAAGUCAUGGUCCAGAUCUACUUCCGCAGCUACGCUGGCCUGCACCGGUUCGCACACGCGGCGGGCGGCGUGCACCGCGAGGCGUGGGACUACUGGAGCACGGUGGUGGCGGGCAAGGCGUCGACGGUCGGCCAUCUCUUUAGCAUCAUGCACGAGGCGUACGAGGUGCCCGCGCAGCACUGGGAGUCCAUCUACAUCAACUACCAGCCGACGGGGCUGGGCGCGACGUCGUUUCGGGGGACCGACGGCAGAGCGCAGUGGGCCAGCCCGCUGGUGGAUGCGCACGCGGGCCUGCUGCGGACAAGCAAGGGCCGGCGGGCGGCCACCCAUGAAGACGAUCGUGACUAA